AUGAGAGAAGUGUUCAGCUCGAAGGCCCAGUCCACGUUUGCAGCUUUGAAGACGGGCUGUGCCAGGACGGUCCGCCAGAUGGGCCUGCCAGGCCGAAGGUCCAGUUCUGGGGAUGUCCUGGGAGGCAGCAAUGGAGCCUCGUCCGUUAGGCUCAGACCCAGGAGCUGCUCCCUGGAGAGAAUCCUGGAUGUAUCGCCAGAGUCCGACUCAUGCUCCCGACUCAAGUUGUUCCAGUCUACCGAGAGUCUAGCGUCCUGCAAAAGUAACAAUGGCAGCAAGUACAGCACCCCACCUCAGAAUAAAACAGACUCUCAGCCAGACAGCUUCCCUAACUCUGAAUCCCAAGGCUUUGUCACCAUGGCAACUCCUCCCAGUUGUGACACCAGUUCAGGUGCGACAUCUGUAGAGGGUAGCGCUCACCGCGCCUGAAGCAGCAUCUCCCUACCAAUGGACAACCCCUCAUUCAGUCAGAUACCCAGGCCCAAGCACCCAAGGAGCAUUGGUACCGGUUUGGAUAUAGCUGAGCACAGAGAGAUGUCUGCCAGCUGUUUUGGUGAUAAUACCCCUGUAGCAGACAUCACCAUGAAGCCAGACUCCUCCUCCACUAUUGGCCUGAGGGGCCCCAAUCUGCUCAAGCUGAGGGCCAGCAGCAUGGACCUCCGACCAGAGCCCUCUGUUAGCAGGCGCUGUCAGAGCUCUCUGGACCUGUCCAGGCCGACCCUUGCUCUGCCUUCUGUGUCCACUUAUGCAUGCUGCCGGAGUCCCGAGCAAAGUAAGCCUGUGUCUGCAUGCUUGUGUGUUGUGGUGUUUGUGCUUUUGCAUGUCUUAACACCUGACCUACCAUUACUCAUUGGGCUUUCACUAACAUGGGGUGAGAAUGUAAUUGUCCUUUAAGAGAAGGUUAUCACUGCAAGCAUUUCAAUUGUAUCCAUAUGGAUGCUCUCCAGAUCUUUAAACUGCUCUGUUUAAAGUACGAUGCCUAGAUCCUCCUUAUGCAUAGAUACCAUUACAUUUAAUGAUGACAUUACAUUUAAUAACUUGUACAAGUAAUUAUUGCUGUAGUAGUGAGAAGCAAUGGGUUUUCUGCCAUUGAGAUAUAACAUGGAUUUCAUCUUCCAGUUAAAAUCACAUCCAAUGCUUCAUUCACUUUAAUGCAUUUCAUUAGCCUCAAGUCCUAGUGGUGUGUGUAUGCGUCAUUAUCAUCUGAUGUAUACAAAGGGCCAAGUACAUACCCAUCCUGUGUGUGUGUGUGAAGGUCUCCUCCAGCCUCAGUUGGAGCAGGUGGCCAUUGAGGCUCUGCAGCUCUGCACCCUGUUGCUGCCCCCUGCCAGCCGGAGGAAGCUCCAGCUGCUGAUGAGAAUGAUCUCCCGGAUGAGUCAGAACGUGGACCUGCCUCGGCUCCAUGAUGCCAUAGCAACACACACACUGGUGAGGAGAAACACAGGUUUUACAAUUCUGCGUGAUGAUCUGGACUUAGUAAGUCUAAAAAGAGAAUGAAAUGAACAUGUCCUCAACUCCAUUAUUCAAUCCCAUGGUGUUUCCAGAUGGUGCAUAUGUUCUCUCACUGCAUGCUGGGCUGUGAGGAAGAGAUGGACCUGGAUGAGCUGCUGGCCACCAGACUGGUCUCCUUCCUCAUGGACCAUCACCAGGAGAUCCUCCAGGUGCCCGUCUAUCUGCAGAACGCAGUCCAGGACCACAUCGUCUACCUCAGGAAAGUACAGGUACAGUACUGCUGUCGCAUGUUUUUUUUUCCAUUAUCAAUUUUCUUUGAUUUUCAACUGCUUUACAUUGAUGUGUAUGAGAAUUAUGAGCCUGUUCUCUUUCCUCUCCUAGAUAAAAUACCAGGCAGUGUUGGUGCCCCAGUGCCCGUCUACUCCUUUUGUAGACGGAUCAGCACCAAAGAGUUUGAGGAGCAGAAGCUGAGUGUCUCCCAGGCUGCCAUCGCUGACCUGCUGGAGAGCCUGGUCAAAGACAAGAACAUGUCUAUGAAGGACAGGAAGAAGAAUCUUAAGCAGGUAACAAGUUAGAUGGCAUGUUGUCUGAACGCUUUCAUAUUUUUCUCUAAUCAUCGUACUACAACUUUGUUUACAAUUGAUGAUUUCGAAAUUCUAACUGAAAAGUGUAAAAAAUAGAAAUAAAGUCUAAUACAUUUUUCUAUGAUUAGUUUCAGAGGCAGUAUCCAGACAUUUACGCACGCCAUUUUCCCACUACUGUUCUUGCAGCUAAAUGA